AUGAUGAGAGCAUAUUCCCAAGUAGAGUCUCUGAAGCUCUUUAAACAAUAUCAAGAGAUUCGAUUAAAACCAGAUAGAUUCACCUUUCCUAUUGUGCUAAAGGUUUCUGGGCAUUGUUUAAUGAUUGGAACAGGCGGAUCGUUGCAUUCGAUGGCUGUGAAGUCGGGUUUUGCAAGACAGGUGUUUGAUGAAAUGCUUGAGAGGGAUAUAGUUUCUUGGAGUUCAAUGAUGGAUGCUUACGUGCAUUGUGGUAUUGAACUACAUGUUGAGCUGGAAACAGCCCUCCUGGGCAUGUAUGCAAAAUGUGGUCAUAUACAGCAAGCUUUCCAAAUAUUCAAUUCGAUGGAUGCUAAAAAUCUGCAGACCUGGACCAUCAUGAUUUCUGGUCCUGCUGAUCAUGGACAUGGAGAAGAAGCUGUGUCCUUGUUUGCCAGAAUGGAACAAUUUGGCUUUAGGCCGGAUUGCUUAUCAUUUUCUGCAAUCUUAUAUGCUUGUAGUCAUAUUGGCUUUGUUGAUGCGGGCCAUGAAUAUAUUGAAAAAAUGGCAAGUAUUUAUAACAUUAGGCCAACUAUGGAACAUUACGGAUGCAUGGUGGAUAUGUUUGGACGUGCUGGAGAAUUAGAAGAAGCUUAUGAUAUUAUAAGGAGCAUACCUACAGAGCCUAAUUCUGUGAUAUUGAGGAGUUUCAUUAGUGCUUGUAAGCAUCAUGGUCGUAAUCCUUGCGUAGAAGAAAAUGUAAGGGAGAUUCUCCUCAAAAUAGAGCCUGAUCUCGGAUCAAACUAUGUACUUGCAUCUUGUUUGUCUUAUCUUUUUGGUUAUUGCAGCGAUGCGAACAGCCUAAGAUCGACUAUGAAAGCAAAAGGGAUAAAGAAAUAUCCUGGCAGCAGUUGGGUGCAGUCGCUUGAUAGUCCUUCCGAAGGAAGCAGUUGA